UGUGUGCACGCGCUCAAGAUAAAUUUUGGUCCUUCGUCCGUAACCUGACAGACGCAACGAGCUUCAAAAAAAGUAUUUAAACCAGCAGUGACGCACAAAGCGUGACAGUCGCACACAGAAUGCUGAAGGUAUUUUCAUUUGUCAGCCUCAUGGCCCUGGUGACGUCAGGCGCGGUGCUGAACGAGCCGCGGCCGACGUCCAACCCCAUCAAGUUCACUGACAACUCGCAGUCUGCCGAGGAGAAGGUGAUGAGCACGUACGGCACCAGUGGCGCGCACACUCCGCACAUGAUGGUCUACAAGCCCGUCAAAUUCGACGGCGCCUCUGGAGGCUCCGCCGCCGCUGCGUCGGCGCCUCAUCCCUACACAUACGAGGCGGCGCCAUCCGGCAGCUUUGCUGUCCCAGCGUACGAGGAGCCGCCCUACCCUUACGGUGGAAAAACCGCUCACGUCUCGCCGCACAAGUUCGGUUUCGGCAAACUCGAUCUUCACAAUUCACUUUUCCGUCACGAUGGCAGCCCGUGGAAGAAAAUUGUGAAGAUUCUGACAGCAGCAAUCCCAAUUGGACUUUUCCUCGCCGCCCUCCCACCAAACGUUGUGCACAUCAAUGCAACCCAAACCGUCAAGCCCUUGGGAACGGUGCAAAAACAGCGCUCCACGGAAGACGGGCCAGUGAUUGAGAGCUUCCCUGUGUUGGAAAUGAUCGAAAAGCAUGGUGGCUUCAAGGCUCUCAACAAGGACGAGUGCGACGCAUUUUUGUUCUGCCAAAUCGCUAGGCUGGGCAAAGAAGCUAGCGCCAACUCCGUGCAGCAGGGAUUCUGGGCUGUGGCUCACGAGACGCCCGCCCCAUUGGCCGAGCUCCUCAACGUCGGAACACUGUUCAAGGCAGUGAGGGACGACGCUUGUAACUUUUAUAACUGUCCUGCUGUGUCGAAGGAGGAAUAGAGCAACAAAAAUAGAUCAAUAAUGUUUUAUAUGAAAAUAUAGUCAAUGAAUUAAAAUAACUUAUUCCCA